AUGGCGCCCGCUGCUCUGAUCGAUCACUCUCCCUAUCAACCCAUUCCUGCCCAGAAGCUGCCGUCGGCAAACAAUCUCGUCCUCAUCGACAAUUAUGACUCGUUCACCUGGAACGUCUACCAGUACCUCGUCCUUGAAGGUGCCUCCGUUACAGUGUACCGAAACGACAAAGUGGCUCUUGAAGAGCUUAUUGCCAAAAAGCCAACGCAAUUGGUCAUCAGCCCUGGCCCAGGCCACCCUGACACGGACGCGGGCAUAAGUCAAGACGCAAUCAAAUACUUUGCGGGCAAGAUUCCGAUCCUAGGCGUGUGUAUGGGACAACAAUGCAUAAUCUCGGCCUUUGGUGGUCAAGUCGAUGUUACUGGAGAGAUCCUCCAUGGGAAGACCUCUCCCUUGAGGCAUGAUGGCAAAGGAUGUUAUACUACAUUGGCACAAGACCUACCUGUCACAAGAUACCACUCGCUCGCGGGGACACAUCCGACCCUUCCGCAGUCGCUGGAGGUCUCCUCUUGGAUAGCCAAAGGACCGGAUGGAGGCAAGGGCGUGAUUAUGGGUGUCCGCCACAAAGAAUAUGUCAUUGAAGGCGUCCAAUUCCACCCCGAAAGUAUCCUGACAGAGAAUGGUAGAGUCAUGUUCAAGAACUUCCUGCAAAUGUCUGGCGGAAAGUGGUCGGACAAUCCUCAGUAUGCGGCUCCCAAGGCAGAUGCCAAAGCCACCUUGAAUGGGGCAGCACCUGCGAAGAAAGAAUCCAUCCUGGACAAAAUCUACGCUCACCGACGACAAGCCGUCGCCGCUCAGAGGCUCAUCCCAUCCCAGCGACUGGAAGAUCUCCAAGAUGCCUAUGACCUCGGUCUUGCUCCCCCUCAAAUUUCGUUCCCAAAAAGGCUCCGACAGUCUCCUUACCCAAUUGCCCUCCUGGCUGAGGUCAAACGAGCCUCCCCUUCAAAAGGCAUCAUAUCCCUCGGGACGUGUGCUCCAGCGCAGGCACGAAAAUAUGCAACCGCCGGUGCCAGCGUCAUUUCCGUCUUGACAGAACCGGAGUGGUUCAAAGGAAGCCUCGAAGACAUGAGACUCGUCCGCCAGGCUCUCGAUAGCAUGCCCAAUAGACCCGCGGUGCUGCGUAAGGAGUUCAUCUUUGACGAGUACCAGAUUCUGGAGGCACGGCUUGCCGGCGCAGACACAGUCUUACUGAUUGUGAAGAUGCUUGACGUGGAGACAUUGACGAGGUUGUACAACUACUCGAGAUCGCUGGGAAUGGAGCCUCUUGUCGAAGUCAAUACGGCAGAGGAGAUGAAAAUUGCGGUUGAGUUGGGCGCCGAAGUCAUUGGCGUGAACAAUCGCAAUCUCACAAAUUUCGAGGUUGAUCUGGGAACGACAAGUCGACUGAUGGAUCAAGUCCCCAAGUCCACAAUUGUGUGCGCAUUAAGUGGAAUCUUUGGUCCUCAAGAUGUGCAAGCCUACAAAAAGGAUGGUGUCAAAGCAAUUCUGGUUGGCGAGGCCUUGAUGAGGGCAUCGAAUCCCGUGGACUUUAUUGCCUCGCUAGUAGGAGAUCCCGAUGUCCCUGCACAAAAGGCAGCACGAAACAGGCAACUUACGGUUAAAAUUUGCGGCACGCGCACACCCGAAGACGCCAAAGCAGCGAUUGAGGCUGGUGCAGAUCAAAUCGGCAUUAUUCUCGUGCCUGGCAGAACGCGCUACGUUUCGGACGAUGUGGCGCUACAAAUAGCGAAGGUUGUGAAAGGAACGCCUCGCGCGGCGUCUUCGAAACCCGUCAGUGGGGUUGAAGGAGUUGGCAGCGCGGAUUUCUUCAGCUACACCUCGUCCCAGCUCCUCCUCCAGCCCGACCGUGCCCUUCUCGUCGGUGUAUUCGUUGAUGCGCCCCUUCACCACAUUAUCCAGCAAGUCCGGAAGUUUGGAUUGGAUGCGGUACAGCUUCAUGGCUCAGAACCCCUGGAAUAUGCGAGGCAGAUCCCAGUUCCUGUCCUGAAAGCGUUCUCACCGAAGGACUGCGGGAUCAACAGAAGAGGCUAUCAUGCCUUGCCCUUGUUAGAUGCUGGUUCUGGUGGGUCAGGCACGAGGGUCAACCUCGAUGACGUGAAAACGCUAUUUAAAAAGGAUGACAGUCUCAAGGUGAUCCUCGCGGGAGGACUCACUCCGGACAAUGUACGGACGGUGCUGAAGGAACUGGGCGAAGAAUAUAUAGGCCAAAACAUUGUCGGCGUGGAUGUCAGUUCGGGGAUCGAAGUUGACGGUCGACGGAGUUCUGACAAAACGAAAGCGUUUAUAGACGCCGUCAAGACUUUGUAG